AUGGCUGUUUUUAUGUGCUGUAUCUGCAGUGCUCCACGAUUUCUGUGUUUCAAAGAUGAUUCUUCGCUAGAUGCAUCUAAACUCUCUAGAACCCUAAGAACCAGUGCCGGUCCUCCUGUUGCGUCUUCAUCUCUCUUCAGGAUGCUUGCCACUACCAAUGUGAGCACUGAUGUGGCCUCUAUGAUGUUGGAUGGCACGGUGAAGAUUCCAAAACAGUUGUUUGGUAACGGCGGAGCCUCUGCCAUGCCAGUGCAUGAGUUGGUUCAGCCUGCCAGAGGAGAUAAAAAGUUUUUGGAAAAAAAGGAGAAGAUGCAUGAUCUCGAGCAACAAAUUAUCAAUGCCUCACAACAGGACACACUCCAUGAGUACUUUGGCAUGAUGAAGGCUGUCCAAGACGCAUUUGCAGAAGCUGCAUCAUCAAAGGUAUUUGGCGUUGACAAAUCAAGGAUCCGGGAAAUACUGAGGACACAAAAACUGUUGCCAUCACAUUACCAUUAGAAUGUAAAGCCUUUCCUUAUUGGCCAAUAGAAGUUUGUCUGCGUAGAAUGGUAAGGAGAUUGUCAAGGCUGAGCACAAAGUGUGUAAUUCCAUUCUUAAGGUUGGGCACAAAAGUGUGUUAUUUCAGGAGUGGAGAAGGUUGUUUGUUUUUUUGGUUCAAAUAUUUUGUACACAUGAUAUUCUAAGAACUCUGUGGCUCGCACUAAGUUAGUUUUCUGUUUUUGUACUCCGUGCUAACAUUUUGGUUUAUG